AUGCUGAAUUCAGAAGAUGCUUCUUCACCUAAGCAGGACGUGACAUUGCCCGAGAUGCCCGAUCGUCUGAGCCCUCGGGCUGGUGCCGAUUCUGCACACAACAGCGAAUCUACUGAUUGGCAGAGCCAUGCGUCAGAAUGGGAGUCUGCCAGUUUAUCUGAUGACGAGGUCGAUCAUACUACAAAGUGCGACGAAUGCAACUCCCCCAUGGACGGCAACGCUAGUGCCCACGGCACCGCUAAUCUCGACGUUACUGUGACCACUCAAGAAUACAAGAAGCUUUUCCGAUCAGCAUCUAUCGAUUAUAGAGGCGUCAAUUGGUAUGCAGCAGUAGGCGAUCCGGACACCCGAAGGCCUGGUAUGCGCAAGUACACCACAUUUUCAGUUCGGAUAACCGAUUCUUCUGGCCGAGUCACCUCUGCUACCCGUAAGAGAUUCACCGACUUCACUGUGUUGAGGCGUGAGCUCGUUAAAGCAUAUCCUGGAGCGUUCGUGCCUCCUCUGACCUGUGAAAGUCAGAUCAAGGUGAUGAUGAAGACAGCCCCCACAGCGAUGAUGCAGCACAUGAAACCAGUCGACAAUGUCACCGAGAUCAGACGUCAAGCACUAGAUGAAUUCCUCAGCAGGUUCGAAGAAACUCUGACAAGGCUUCAUCUCAUCGUUGAUUUCUCUAACCGGGCUCCUGAGGAAGUUCUGGACGAGUACAAGGUAGCGUUCGCAGUGAGGUCCAUCCCAUCGUUCAACAGACGUCUGGUCGGGUCCAAUGGUGAGGUUGAGGGGCUCACGAAAGACGGUUCUUCCGACGACGCUUCUCAUCAGAACUCAACUGAUGGCGUUAACGAUGCCGCUGUUGACAGCUCUAUCAACGUGUCGGAGAUGAUAGCGACUUCGGAAUCAUACCUCGCCGACCAUUGUAAAGUUCUUAAUCAGCUCCGCACAAUGCUGCGAACGGCGGCCUCUAACUUCAAGUGUGCUAACGCAGCCUUGAGUACAAUUCAUUACAAGUUUUCCGAUUGCGAGACCAUCGAUGAGCAGGGUUCCGGCCAUGUUCUGGCUCUUGCACAGGGUCUAUCUGGUACCCCCCAGAGACUCAAUUUGUCUGACGCUUUCUUCGAAGUCAAGAAUAUCAUCAGCGCCCCAGCAGAUGCGGCACACUUCGAUCUGCUGGCCUCUGCCCUGAGUCGCGAACUCACAGACUGUUCGGCUAUGAAGGCCUCCCUUGAAAAGGUGCUCGAACUUGGGAAGCACCGAGAUAAAGCUAUUGCAAAGCUUCGCUCCGCUAGGAAACAUGGAGGGCCCGGUGGUGUUGGCGGGAUCAUUCGUGGCACCACCAGAGAUCAGGUGAAGCAUGCGGAGAUCAACCGAGUUUUGUACGCUGAUUUCUACUGGACUGCCGGUUACAACGCUGUCAUGAACGAGGUGCCAGCUUUCAUGGAAGGUCGAGCCCAAGUUUUCAACGAGGUUGCUCGAGAAUUCGUCUCGCGAUCUGAAGCGACUAGCAGAAGCUCGGCCGUGACCUGGGCUGGGAAGAUGAAGGAGGCCAUUCUGUAG